UCUAUGGAAUUAUGUCCGACUGACUUUAUCUUUGCUAAUAUGAAAUUGUAGCAUUACAUGCAUUAACUAAACAUGUGGAAUCAAGCUCGUAAACUCCAAAAGAACAGGACAGUGAAAUAUGGGAUCCCGAUGCUGCUGCUGGUUGUUGGAGGGUCGUUUGGAUUGAGAGAAUUCACUCAGAUUAGAUAUGAUGCGCAGAAGAUGAAAAAGAAGCUGGACCCUGCGCUGGAAGCCCGGGUGAAUACUAAAAAACAGUCGGCCAUCCUUCAGGAUGAGUAUGAGAAAUUAAAGGAUUUGGACUUGGAUGGAUGGAAGAACAUUCGUGGCCCACGUCCCUGGGAGGAUUCGAAGGAGUACCAGGAGGAGCAGAGAGCUCCACUCAAUAAAGGCACAUAGAGCUCUAAAACCUUAAACUCCCCCUGCUGGCCCACAGAUGUAAGACACCCAUAAAAACAGUGCAGUGUACCAUGGUUGUCACUGUAUAAUAAAUCAGCACGAUCACAUUAUAUCUAGAUCAGAAACGACCAAUUUGGACUCUACUGUCUGGCAUAUGGAAUGCCACUUUGUUGUCUUUUCUGGAAAUAUAUGUCCUUGUGCACUUGUGUGGCUGGGUAUGUGUGUAGCAGACUCUCUGUCCACUUAUUUUUAUACUAUAUUUUUAUGGCACCAGGAAGGUUGUAACCAUUAUUCCAUGUCAGUUCACAUUCACAGUAAUGCAUAACUCAAGCCCCAGUACUGCAUCUGAGUGAAUAAAACCCCUUGCUCUUUCAGCGGUGCAAACAGAACCAAUGGUGCCUGUGCACAUGAUGGGUGAAUGGUACAGUCUAAAGGCAAUAGGCAUCAAUGACCUUCUGUACACCUGUGCUGGAUCAGCCUACUGCUCACUGUACAUCUCAUUCCAGCAAGCAUGUUGUGGAGUGUGUAGAAUAUGAUGAUCAGCAGUUUGGAAAUUAUUGCGACAACCUCCGGAAGUCCAGGGCCAUGCUUUCUUGAUGAGCUUAUUUAGACUGUUGGUCUUUAGCAGUGUCCCUCUGGGUUCUGGAGUGAGUGAAAAGCUAAUAAUUUAAUUGAAUGCAAAAUAUACAUAAAUGUGGCUGUACAAUUAAUCAAAAUAAAUCUGAAAUUGCGAUUAUAGCUUAGUGUGAUUUCUGAAAUCAAAGGCUGAAUUCUAUUGUGCAGUGUGUUUCGGAGUGAAGAGCGGCACUGUGUUACUCAUGUGUUUUCAGCGCCUCAAUUCACACAUCUCUGGAUGUGCAGUGAGUUUAAUGUGCAUCUUGGGAACUCAGUGUGUGGUAAGUUCUCUUUAUUUACACAUUUGCACAAUGACUAACAUUUCGGUGGAUAGAACUUUGCCAAAAUGGAAAGAUUUGAACAUUUGACUGGAGAAUUUAAGACAUAAAUAUAAUAAUGAAUUUAUGUCCUCAUUUUUCAGAGAUUAAAACAAUUACUUGUAUGCCAUGUGCACCAUUAACCAACAUCUGAGAACCAAUAAACAUGUGAAUUCUUGUACAUUGCUGCUACAUUCUUAGUCCAUUAAAGCCUGUUGUGAAUGUGA